CUAUGAAAUAAGUUUGCCUGUUGCCGGUUUCAUAGUUGGUUGUUGUUUUACACAAACAACACAUGUAUUUGUCUCAAAUUGAGCACUCCAGAAACCUACACUAAGAGUCGACGAUCUUGGCAUAAGAUCGACAAGUUAGUCAGUUAUGAAGUUGCUACGAAACAGGCAACACAACAUACGCAAUAAGUUAUUUCCGUUACGGAAAUUUGUAAAAUUCAUUCGUCCGUCAAACUAAUAAAGUGUUGUGUGUACUGUUAAGUUAAAUUUGUGUAAAUGGAAAAUAUAGUACAACCAAUUAACGGUAUAUAAAUAAUUAAACAAAGUGAUAAUAAUAUAACAAACACCAAUUUGUUUUAAAAUAAGUGACAAUCCAAAAAAAAAAACUUUACACGUAUUUUGAGUUAGUGCGGUAUUUGUGCGUAUAUAGCAAUACCCACUACUAAAGUGUUGGAUAUAUAAAAAAUAAAUCUCACAAAUUCCACUUGGAAGCUGAAAAACAAUGACAGUAACCGCAUUUGCCGCCGCAAUGCACAGACCCUUCUUCAAUGGAUACGCCACCAUGCAAGAUGCGGGACAAGGACGUGUCAAUCAGUUGGGUGGAGUAUUCAUAAAUGGUCGCCCUUUACCGAAUAAUAUACGCUUAAAGAUCGUCGAGAUGGCCGCUGAGGGUAUACGUCCAUGCGUCAUAUCGCGUCAGUUGCGCGUAUCACACGGUUGCGUUUCGAAGAUACUCAAUCGCUAUCAGGAGACCGGCUCCAUACGUCCGGGUGUUAUUGGUGGUUCGAAGCCACGUAUUGCCACACCAGAAAUUGAGAAUCGCAUUGAGGAGUACAAACGUCAGAACCCAAGCAUAUUCUCUUGGGAGAUCAGAGAUAAAUUGAUACGUGAUGGUAUUUGUGAUCGCACAACAGCACCUUCGGUCUCGGCGAUUUCUCGUUUGGUACGCGGACGCGAUGCGCCCGCCGAUGAUGAUGGACAGAAGACACUAUCCGGUUCGGAACAUUCACACAAACCCUCCGAUGAGGAUGCAUCGGAUUGCGAGAGUGAACCGGGAAUAGCGUUGAAACGUAAACAACGUCGCAGUCGCACCACUUUCACCGCUAUGCAAUUGGAGGAGUUGGAACGCGCUUUUGAGCGCACGCAAUAUCCCGAUAUUUAUACACGUGAGGAAUUGGCACAACGCACAAAUCUCUCAGAGGCACGCAUACAGGUGUGGUUCAGCAAUAGACGCGCUCGCUUGCGUAAGCAGAACACUUCCGGUCCUACGACGGGCAGCAGUGUUAGCGCGAUGACAGGCAGUUAUGUGCCCCAUCAACUGCCCCCAGUUGCUGCUGCUGCCGCGGCGGCGAAUAACUAUGCUGCAGCGGCUGCUGCUGCUGGCAUGUUGCCGUCGGUUUCGUCCGAAGCCACAGCAAUGGCUGCUGCAUAUCAACAACAAAUGUACGAUUUCUAUGCCGGACACCCCACAGCUCCCGUGGCGAAUCUAUCACCCAGCACAAUGGUACCGGGUACUGCUUCGAUGACACCACCACAUCAAUUCUACGGCUCCGCACCCAACUAUAAUCUGCCCUCGCAUAACCUACUAGGAAACAGCUCGGUUGGCGCAACAACGAGUGGCGCUCAACACACCGCUGAUAUUGGUGCCACUUUACAGUCGCAAUAUCAAUCGAUCUCACCGCUAAUGCGCUCAAAUAGCAACAAUAAUAGCAUGAGCUCAUGCCAAGGUAGCAACAAUCAUAAUCUCAAUUAUGCAACUGAAGCCGCAACGGAUUCCAACCAAUUGUUGACUCGUGACGACAGUCCCAACACAUCGGUGUCGCCAGCAUUCGGCGCUACGGCUAACAACAGUGGCAUUCAAUUACCACCCACACCCAAUAGUUUAAGCGCCGUUAUUGGCAAUGAAACGCAUGUGAGCGGUAAUGCCAUUGGCUCAACGAGUGCCUCGAACGCUGCUGAAGAAUUGCAAAGUGCGUUGAAGACAGAACCACAACAAAUGCAACAACUAUACGGCAGCUGGAAUGCAUCAAUGGCGCAACAGCAAUCCACUUCGAAUCACAAUAUGUCUACCGCGCGACCCACAGCUCCUCUCUCGCCGGAGGAUUCGUUGAACUCGAGUUCAUCACAAAUACCCGAAUCGACGGCGGCACAUAUGAUGUUCCAACAUCAGCGUGAUUUCACGCACAAUCAUUCGCAAUAUGCACCACCACCACCAACGGCAUCCUCGUUCCAUACGCAUGCGCAUCAUCAUGCAGCUGCUGCCGCACAAUAUGCCUCAUCGCAUUUGGGCUUUCAUCACAGCGCGACGGCCCCCAAUAUGAGCGCCACAACAAAUGGCGGUUCAUCACACUUUAUGCAACAGAAUUUCGGUAGUGCAGGUUUUAACUCCUCACCGAAAAUCAAUUAUCCUACAGUGCCACAGCCCUUCUAUCCUUCCUGGUACUAAGCAUGACUUAGAGGAUGUGAUUUUUUAUUGUAUAUAGUAUUUGUAAAUAAUGUAUAGUCUAGUAUGUAAUGAUUUUAUAGUUUUAAUGCUUGAGUUCAGGUUUCUACAAAUGAGGCUUUCGUUUUGUUUAGUAAUAUUAAUAAUAUAGGGAGAGUCUAAAUUCAUAUUUACCGAAGUGAAUUUUAGGAAUAUGUGUAUGUAUAUUAAUAGUUCGAAUCAAUUUAACUGUUCAUUCGCUUCAUAUAUUUUUCAUUUCGAACUAAUACAUUGUAAGCUAGUAUUGCUGGUUCAGCUUAUAAAAAAUUAAUGAAAAUAAUGCUUUAUAAAUAUAAGAAGAAGAAGACAUUUGCUUUAUUAUUGUAUUAUACUACAUAUUAAAUAUUAUAUAAAUCUAGUAAUAUUUAGUAAAAAAUAUUGUUAAUAAAUAUUAUUAAGUUAUUGAGUAAUCUAUUGAGAACAUAUAAAAAGAGUCGAACAUCACGGCUCUAGAAAGGGUU